AUGCCACUUGCGUUGGCCUUCCUCGACUACUUCGACAGCGUAGAGAUCAACGCCGUCUUGAAUGCCCUUGUCUCCGCCGGAGUUGCCACGAAGUACGUCGAGCUGAUCGCCAACAGUAACGAGGGAAUGUCCACGACCAUCAAUCUGUUCGACAAGAAGCUCUCGAUCCCCAUCAGGAAAGGUGUUCGCCAGGGAGAUACCAUCUUCCCCAAGUUGAUCUCCACGGCACUAGAAGACGCGAUGCGCCAACUUGGAUGGAACGAAGAGCACGACUGGGAAGACGGUACAGACGUCAGAGGCAUCAACUUCGACGGCAAGGUCCUCACAAACAUUCGCUUCGCCGACGACAUCGUACUCUUCUCCAGCUCCACCACCGAACUGUCCUCCAUGCUGAACGAUCUGGACGAAGUCGGCAAGAAGAUCGGCCUCAAGAUGAACGUCAAGAAGACGCAGUGGAUGAAGAAGCGCUUCUGCGACCAAGGCAAAGUCACUCUGGAGAGCGCGACCUUCAAGAGGUCACAUCCUACACCUACCUUGGCCGCGAAGUAAACAUGGUGAACGACCUGCAAGCAGAGAUCUGCAGAUGCAGACGCGCUGGAUGGGCCGCCUUCAACUCCAUCAAAGAAGUCACCAGCCAGCUGAAAAACCCGAAACUGCGAGCUCACAUCUUCGAGGCGUCGAUAAUUCCUGCCAUCUCCUACGGCGCCGAAGUUUGGCCUGACACGAAGAAAAAUGCAACCGCUCUACGAACCUACCGCGCACUGGAACGUGCUCUCCUCGGCACCACUCGCUUCGAGCAAUGGAAAAAAGAACAGAGGAGCACAGACCUCCGUCAACGGUCCCAAAUCCGGGAUCUAGAAGAGCACAUACAGCGCGGGAAACAUCGUUGUGGCGGCCACGUCAUCCGCAGACAACACGACCGCUGGUCCACGAGAUUAACACACUGGAUUCCGAGAAACAUCAAGCGCCCACUCGGGCGCCCACCGACCAGAUGGACGGACUACUUCCGCAAGAACAUCAGUCAGCCAGGCCGCCACUGGAUGACCGUCGCGCAAGUCCGAGCCGCCUGGAGAACGUGUGGUCCACGCUGAUAACAUCAGCGAAGAUGGAUCAUCAAAGUAUCAAAGUAUCAAGUAGUAAGUUUUAUACUAAUAAAGUUUUUUUGUUACAAUUUAAUCUACAAGUUGAAACAAAAAUUUUUUUACUAACAUGCUCUCGAAAUCGAAUAAAAAAAUUUUUCAAUUUUGCGCCGCCCCACGAAAAAUUAGGCAUCGUCGAAAUUUUUAGUUUUUUUGUUUUCACAUGAUUUAUUUUUCACUUAAAAAAAUCGAAUUUGAAAAUAAAAAAAGGCGCCAACGACAUGGGACUAGGUUAAAAACUCGAAGAAAAAAAGUAGUUUUGGUUUUUUGUACGAAACUUCGCUAAAACGCUUCGAAAAUCGGGUUAAAAGUAUAUGAGAUUGAAGAGGACGGUUUUCUCUAUGUUUCCACUAAUUUUCUCCGUUUUUGGUUCAGUAAUGCGCUUGAACGAAAACAUCAAACACAAAAUCUAAAAAACCAGUGCAUUUCACCAUCGCGAAAAGGGGCGUGGCUUUGCGGUCUCUAUGUUAACAUCAUCGUUCUGUUCCUCUUUUUAUUAUUGCUAGUUUUCGUCGUUAUUGAAUAUCCUUGCAUUUGUUACAGCAACGCGUUUCUUGCCAAAAGUUCAAUCAAGCGCCAUCGACUAUUCAAAAAACUCGGUUACCUUUUUUUUUCAUCUGUUCUACUACUUUUCAAUGCACAAUAGAAAAAUGCCAAUAAAUAUGUUGAAAAGAUACAAAAAGAGCAAUAAACGAGCUCUACAAAGAGUUCGUGACGGUUGAAUUGAACUCGUACCAAGAACCAAGACGCGCACUCUACGCGUCUCGCCUCAUUUCCCACCACCCUCGCCUUUCAAGUCGGGAAAAAUGGACUAUAUUUGCUUCUUUCGUGUAAAAAUCGGAAAAACUGGAGACGCUUCUUGCGUUCUCGGAAAGCACCGUGAUUUUUUUAUUGUGCUCAAUAAAACCACGAAAAAUUUUGGAAUUUAUUGCUCAGUGGGGCGUUUAAUGUGAAACUUGGGAUAAAAGACAUGCUUUCGACCGUUUUUCCUUAUUUGUAUUCAGAAAUGAAACUCUUCUUGGCCUUUAUCGGUUUUUUGCCGUUGGCCAACACCUACGGCUUAUCGAUGUCUGUAUUGGUAGGUUUGAAAAAGUUUAUCAUUAAAAGUUCUUGGAGAAAAACUUCAAAAUAAAAUACUUUUUAUAAGCUCACCAAACUAAGUUGACUUUGAAAUGAAUCAUACGUUAAUCAAAUGAACUUGAAAGAUUAACUUAGGUUUAUCUGAUGUUUUGAUCUUUUUUGGUUUUUGUGCAAUGUGUCAUUUAUGUUCACCAUUGGGAGCAUCCAAACUUCUCUGCACUCUCUCGACUUUUUUUUUUAGCUAUUCUCAGUUUUCUGUGAUCUCGCUUGUGAGGGAAAAGAGAGCGCAGAUAGGUCAAAUUCCUAGGGAAUGAUUAUUUUUCAACAGAAAUCUCGAAAAUUGGUUGAUAGUUCAGAAACCCUUCAAUCCCGAGAACCUUAUUUCCUUCGCGCGGCCACUGAAAGUUGGCGAUCUCAUCUACAUCAGUGCGUACGCAAAAGCAGAUGAGUCAAACAAAAAGUUGGAUUUGUUACUAUUUCCCAUGUGAAACACUGGUCAACCGGCGUAUCCACAAAAUUCACUGAUCAGACGGCGUAACCAAAAAAAUGAGCUAACAAAGUGCAAUCUCAAAUUCAACACGGUACGAAAAAAAAACGAACUCCGGUAUUCCCAAUUUUUUUGGACUCCGAUACGUGUGGACUCCGAUACUAUCCCAAAACUAUCUUGAUUUGCGUGUGUAAUAGCUGCUUCGUUGCGUCGCCUAUUCACGGCGUUACCGCACAGAGGAAGCGGAGCGUAAAUUUUGCCCCCACGCGUCGCGGUCGGAAACCUCGCAUUGGAGCGAACUUUCCUUCACGCGCCAAUUGUUUAUUUUUAUUAGGCCACGUUGAACGUAUUUUUCCGUAGCUUGUGAAAAAUCUGAUGUUAAACUCAAAAUCUGGAGUUUUUGGUGAACUUCUAUCGUUGAAAAAUCCGAUCUGUGUAUGUUUUAAAGCGUUUUCGACCCCGUUUCUUUUUCGAUUUAUUCUGGCCUACAGUCGUUAAUGCAGAAUCUUGCUAAAAAAAGACCACGUGAACGGAAGCAGUACAAGUUUAACAACUAACAAGUGUACAUAAUAACUUUUUUACUUACUUACUUUGAUACUUUGAUGGUCCAUCUUCGCUGAUGUUCUCAGCGUGGACCACACGUUCUCCAGGCGGCUCCCGUGGCGGCCUGGCUGACUGAUGUUCUUGCGGAAGUAGUUCCCAGUCCAUGCUUCCCGUGACGAAUCGAGGAAGUGGCGUACUUGCCCAUCUUCGCGUUGAAUUCACGCAGGACGAAGAUGUAGUACGCCUUCUCCCGCUGGAUCGUUUCCUCGAGAUUCCGGUAGAAGGCGUCAAGUUCCUUUUCCUUCUCUUCCCUUUUAGCCUUGGUGGAUUCGGCUUCUGGUGAGGUCGGCGAGUAGACGUUGCCGACGCCGCCGACGUUCUUCCCAGGGACUUUGUGGCCGAGGAUGAGAAUUUCACCGUUAGGCCAAGUCUUCUAGCUGGUGUCUUGAGAUUUCGUUUCCUGGAGCGCCACUAUGUCGAUGAGAGCGUUUCGGUUCGCCGCGAGCAAUUGCUCUUUUGCUGCAUCGGAUGCGAGCGAGUGGCAGUUUAGGGUUCGGAAACGCAGACAGUCACAGUGGCGCGUCCGUAGUCCGUUUCUAUGGUAUCCUGUUGCUCCGAGAUUUGAUCGUCCCUCGUCGGCAGAGGUAGCCCCCGAUACCGGAGAGGCGCGUGACCGACGGGCGGAGGACUGGGGCCGUCUUGCUGAACGUGUCGUCGCUUUUUGGUGGUCUGGUUAUCCUAGUUGCCUUUCCAGGGCUAGGAGGACCGCCCAUUCUAUUAGCAUGAAGCAAGGCGAACUGCGUGACCGGUGUACCGUUCGCCUCCAUUUAUGACGUUGCCGCCAUAAGUGGUCGUUGAUCCCCAUCACCGCGGAGAGGUGGUACAUGAAGGGGAUAACUUUUUUAGUUGAUGUUAAUUUUUUCAUCGGAAAAUUGGCAAAGUUUGCUUUAUAGCAAAAAAAAAAACCUACUAGUAAGAAAUUUGAUCAAUCCUUUUUCACCUGUUAACCACCUAACAAUCAUGUAAAAGCUGUGAAAUGGUUCUUAUUAUCGAUUUUCAUGAAAAGAUAGUUAGCGAAAAUGUAAAAAAUGUGAUCGAAGACUGUUGGCAACUGGCCAAAUUGUGAAUUGAUGGUUCGUAUUUGCGUCGCGGUCUUUUGCGGCCAACACAGCUAAACGAACAGAACGGUGGCAAAAAUUUGUAUUCUUGGUAACUCCGUGCUAUUUAUUGACUCGGGCGGAAAUAUGGGUGUCGAAAAGUGGCGAGACGCAUUUUCCCUCUAACGCAACGCCGGGCGGAGCAUAUCCUCCUCAACAUUUCAACCACUUGAAUGUAGUUUUUCGCCCUCUUCUCGCAUUUUUUUUUCCUAUCGUUUCACUUUCUUGUUGUGAAACCGUUUUUAGAUGCGUUUCAAAGGUUUCUGAGUUAUUUUUUUCUGAGGUGAACACGGAAAUUUGACAAGUAUGAAAACGGAGAUUUCUUUUUCCGGAAAGUUUUUUCGAGGUCUCGAUAGUCUGUGUGCCACGACUUGAAAUUUCUUUCCGCUGUUCCACUGCGUGCGUUCGCGAAGCGUCUUUCGAGUCUAGGUUUAGCUUGCAUUUGAUUUUUAUUUCUGCGAGAGCACAGAAAAGUAGAGUACCUUAAUGAAAGAAAAAAAAAAAUUAAAAGCGCGACCACGGUUCGCAAAGGCGCGCAGCGGCACAACGGAAUGUCGUUUGGUGAAAUUCCAAGUCGUGGUACACAGGCUAUAAAACGUGUUUAUAGUCAAUCCAUCCUGACUGGAAAGUCGAAGGAGGCGGAGAAGGGGGCGGGACGCGUAAUAAGGGCUGGUAUAGUGGUCCCUAAGGUUGUCCCAAUAGGGACAAGAUGAUAAUGUGGAUACGCCGAUCAACAAGUGAACAAGAAUCCUAGAAAUUUAUAAUUGAACUACAUUUUUUCCAAUGUUUGUUUCAGAGUCAUCGUAAAUUUGUACGAAGGCGAUUUCAAAGAUCCCGUCAAAAAGAAGCGUAUUUCCCUGAGUAUCUUGGUCAAAUUGGACUCGGGAAAAACCUCUUUGAAUACAUUAUCGGUUAGCUUUUUUGAAGUUUUUCCUCUACCGAGUAUGACUACAACAGCUACAGUAAUACCGAUUACAGUACAUAAGUAAUGCGGACACCAACUUUUGAACCACUUCCUCUUGUAGCCGUGUUACGGUAGGCAGAUGCGCCCUUGCGUGUCUAAGCAUGAAAGAGUUUUUACCAGAAUAGGGAUAUAUCAAUCGAUAGGUAAUCUAAUUUCAAGAUUUUUCACAGUUAAAACGAUUGGUAACUAUCGAAAUUCCUGAUUCACGUUUUUUCAACCAAGUUUACGACUUACGCAACUUGGCAGCCAGGGUUGGGCGACUUUUCCCAUUUUCCUUAUGUUGUUUGGUGUAAAGUAUUGUUAGCUGUGUAUUAUUCAAAGAAAUUCGAAAAACUGAAAAAUGUUCGAUGAGCUUUUUUUCGACUGCCUGAGGGGUUCAGCAAAACUUCAUUCUUGAUUCCAAGAACUCUUACCAGAGAUCAAAAUUCAAUCCCUAGUCUCAAUUCUUAUCCUGAUGUUCAGGGGAGACCAUACCCCAGUCAGCGCAGAAUUUAUUUUUUUUUGUUUCGAAUCUAUUCAUAAAUUUCAGAGUAAAGGAUGGUACGAGGAUGUGUCCAAAAAAUCGCCAAUCAAAAGCGGAAGAGACUUCGUGCUCCAGAUUUUGUUUCGAAAAAGUUUCCGAUCUGAAUUGAGAUGAAUAUUUCAGAGCCGACGUACAUGACUAUCAGAUUUUUAUCAACGGAAAGCUCUUCCUACGCUACAGUCAUCGUAGAAAGUUCAAGGAUGCCGUGACGCAUAUCGGAAUUCAAGGAAUCAUAUUCACCACCCGUCCAAGGUAAAUUCCAGAAAGAAAAACUGUUACACGGGUGACACGGUGUUCUCAAACGGGCGGCAGCUGAUGUCCCCAGGCGUGGCUGACUGCAACAGAGGCACGAAUUCUUGCACUAGGGGCGCGGAGAGGGGAGUCUAAUUUUUUGAAUUUAGUCUCAAAAAAAAGUUAGGCGAAAAAAGAAACAACGACAAUUUAGCGAGAAGGCAGCAGAAAAUUGAUUUCGAAGGCUUCCGUGGAACGCAUUAAACACUGAAUGAGGGUCAGCACGGAGUGCUGUAGGAGAGGCUAAAAGGGCGGGCAUACCGUAUGCCGCAUACGGUAACAGCUCACGUUUUCAACUGUUUAUUGCAGCUUCAAUGUAAGAAUACAUGUGCAGUCGUUUUUCAUUAGUUAACUGUGUUUAAACGGCAGCAGGAAUUGUGGCUUAGGCAGAGAAGUUGUUAAUUACGCUCGUAGAACAUCAGGUACAAGAGAGGUCGUAGGAAAGAUUACGGUGCCGGCUUUCCAAAGGCCGAUGGCAGAGAUUGAGCUUCUUCCCUGCAUGCAGCUCCCAAUUUCAUCUACCUCGGACACGGCGCUCCUAAAGGGUAUCCCAUGGAAACAUUAUAAAUCACAAAAAAAAAUACUCCAAAAUCGAUAGAAACGUCCCAGCAGAAGAUAAAAACGAAAUUUUAAGACAUUUCGGACACUUCAAAAAAUUUCUGUUGCGCAAGUACGCUCCAACGAAAGCAAGAGUGCGGUUAAAGGACACGCCCAAUCGGCUCGCGGUCGAGUUUCUUUUUGGAACGCCGUGCGGAGAGAUGAAAAGCUUGGUCGGCCUCAGGGGACUCGAACCUACGACUUCGCGGACGUUAGGAAUGAGUCUUUACCAGCUGAGCUAUGCCGCAACAGCGCACGGUUCAUGAACAAAAAUUGAACGUAUAACGUAGAAGAUGUUUCCCUACAUCUUCUCGUCAAUGUGUGUAGCGGUAGAAGGCGAAUCGGCUUAAGAUCUUUAUUCGUAGUGCUCGAUGUUGUGAGCAAAGCCAGGGUGAGGUGUUGAUCGAUAGAUCAGGACGCGAUGGUAGAGGGCGGAGCCUGACCUUGGCAUAGAUUCCUCAAGAGACAGCUGUUAGAAUAGCCAGAUGGGAAUAUGGUGUUACAAACGGAACAACUGUGAGUAAAGGUUAGAGUUUGAAUUAUCGGGUGCGCGCACGCAAAAUGCGUCAAGAGGAUAAUUUUUGUAGUGGCAUCUAUAAUGACGUCUACAUUUUAUCCAGGUUUCCUGGAAUAAUUUCGACAUGAAAUUGCUAUUGGAGUGAGAGAAGGUGCGAAGCGUCAAAGUUUCUGAAUUUACAAAAAAAAAAUCAUGUGCUCGCUCCGGAUAGAAUUACGUCAUUCUACGUAGAAAAUUAAACUGAUUAUUAAACGUUUAUAACUUUUUUGUUUGAUCGCCUUUGACUGCGUAAUUGAGAUUUGAAUUUUCGCGCCAAAAUUUUUUUGAUGUCCCCCACCCUGUUUGGGAACGCCGUGUUGGCGGCUUUGUCCUACGCGCAGGAAGUUCUGAGAAACUUUUGUUCUCAAUAAAAGUUUAAUUUCAGUAAUCUGCUGUACACAGAAAGUUAUCAAAGAGGAGAUGGUAAGCAGGAUGGCGAACAACUAAUGAUGUUUAAAGACGGAUAUCUCUUUCAGAUAUGUGAGUUGAACACCCCCGGCGGCUUUCGCAAUCGCUUUCAUGACUUCUAUAGGGCCUCUAACUCCAACCAUUUUUAGUUACUGAGAAAAAAAUUGCAGUAGAAUUUUUGUUUUAACUGGUAACCAUGUUCCGCUUAUUAUUUAGUUUGAUUUCAUUAGUUUUAAUAUCGGUUGCAACUUAUUUUUUUAACUGAAAACUGGCGAGUUUAAUGUUUUUUUAUGUUAUAAAAAAAAUAAAAAAAGAUUAUAGAAUAUCAUAAUCAAGGGACGAAAACGAAAAAAAGUUUAGUUUUAUUUCUAGUAAUUUUUUUUUCAAAGGUAACACCGGUUUGAUAUAAACAUUUUUCGGCACAAAAACAACGGAGGAAAUAAACUCCGUCUGAAAAAACUCAAUUUUACUUUUCUAUUCCAGUUUUCUAACCAAUCUUUUUCAACUUCUUUUAAACACCUUUUUUCAGUUGGUCCUAUUGCUGCUCUCACUUCAAAAGCGCUGAAAGAAGGGCGAGACUAA